AUGUUGGAGUCCUAUGUCACCCCGCUCCUGAUGAGUUAUGUGAACAAGUACAUCAAGAAUCUGAAGCCAUCGGACUUGCAGCUUUCCCUCUGGGGGGGAGAUGUAGUGCUCAGCAAGUUGGACUUGAAACUGGAUGUGCUAGAACAGGAAUUGAAGCUUCCUUUUACAUUCAUGAGUGGUCAUAUCCAUGAGCUGCGUAUUCAUGUUCCCUGGACUAAGCUGGGCUCUGAACCUGUCGUCAUCACAAUUAACACCAUGGAGUGCAUCCUGAAGCUGAGGGAUGGAGAUCAGGACGACCACGAGAGUGGUUCGAGCUCCACCAGUCGCAGUGUCUCAGAGAGUUCCAAGGCUGCCGGCAAGCCCCGCAGAGUCCAGCAGGCUGCCCCUAGUGACCCAGACUUGCCCCCAGGUUACGUGCAGAGUCUGAUAAGACGUGUGGUGAACAAUGUGAAUGUUUUGGUGAACAACUUGAUACUGAAGUACGUUGAGGAUGACAUUGUGUUGUCAGUCAACAUUACUUCAGCAGAGUGCUACACUGUCGACGAUGUGUGGGAAAGGGCCUUCAUGGACGUCACUGCUCCAGAACUUGUUCUUCGUAAAGUGAUCAACUUUUCUGAUUGUACUGUAUGCUUGGACAAACGGAAUGCAAGUGGCAAGAUUGAGUUCUACCAAGACCCGCUGCUGUAUAAAUGCUCUUUCCGAACACGUCUUCAUUUCACUUAUGACAACAUCAAUUCUAAGAUCCCCUCUGUCAUCAAAAUCCAAACCAUGGUGGACAGCCUGAAGUUGUCAAUUACAGAUCAGCAACUUCCCAUGUUCAUCCGAAUUUUACAACUGAUUAUUGCACUCUAUUAUGGAGAAAUCGGAGGGCACAAAGAACCAGAGCGAGAAGAGAGCAGCUCACAUGUCAGAGAAGCUUUAACAAAUUUGCCUGGAAUGGAUAUGGAUAUAGAGAACCAAGGACCAAGCCAGUACUCCAGUCAAGAAUUCUACAUGGACUCAGGCCUUCCUUCAGAUAGUAACCAGGGCUGGGUUUCCUGGGCUUGGUCCUUUGUUCCAGCCAUUGUGAGCUCGGAGGAGGACGAGGACGGUCUCUACCAGCAAAGGGAGACUGGGGGUGUUCCAAACAACCCCCAACAUCACACACCCAAAGAUCCUAUUGUUUCAAUAGGCUUCUACUGCACCAAGGCUUCUGUAACAUUUAAGCUGACAGAAUCUCAGGCAGAGAGCAGCUACUACAGUCCUCAGAAGGUGAAAUCAAGAGAGGUAUUGGGCCUGGAACAAGAGGGAAUCACUCUCGAGGUCCUAAUGAAAGGCGAGCCUUUCUUUAACUGUCAGAUUGGCUUUGUGGGCUGCAAAGCUCUCUGUUUGAAAGGCAUCAUGGGAGUGCAGGAUUUUGAAGAAAAUAUGAACCGACCUGAAGAGGAUGCAGUGUUCUUCAGCUGUGGUGACAGCCUAAGCAGCAAAGGAAUGACCUACCUUACAAACUCCCUCUUUGACUACCGCAGUCCAGAGAACAAUGGCGUCAGGGCUGAGUUCAUCCUGGAUUCUGUUACUCAUAAGGGGACCUACACGGAGAUAGCAGGCAUGCAGCGCUUUGGUGCUUUCCACUUGGAUUACCUCUACACAAUGGAGAACAGCAGCAGCAAAGAUUCUCAGGACUUCUCUGCAGUUCAUUCUGAAGAGGUACUGCCAGCUGUUGAAGAAGCAUCCAUGAAAAGACUUGUAGUUGGACCUUUGGACGUCAAGUUGCACAGUAGCGCUGUUCAUCGUAUACUCAAAAUGGUCACUUGUGCCAUGGACCAUGAAUACGAGCCUUACUGUAAACCACAACAAGAAAUAGUGGAGGAGAGUUGCGGUCCCGUCACUCCAGAAGAGAUAUCACGAUUAGAGGAAUUUAUCCCCACAAGACUCACUUGCCUCACACUCCUCCAAGCCUCAAUCACAGUUUGUAUGGCUGAAUUCAACCUUCUCCACAUGCUCAUGCCUGUCAUUAUUGGAGGCAAGGCCAAACCAGGACUGGUCAACAUUUCAGCGUUCCAGCCAGUACGCCCGCUACCAUCAGUUCAAUUCCAAGUGGAGCGGGUGAAUGUUGAACACUCGGUGCCAAUGUAUGCUCAGGAGUUGGUCAGCGCCGUUAGUGCUCUCAGUCAGCCUCCUGACAACCUUCUGCAUCACUGCUACGCACAUUUUUACCUCAAGAUUUUUGGGUUCCAGGCAGGUCUGACAUGCCAAGACAGUGCAGGCGGGUUCUCUCCCCUCCUGCCUGUUAUUCCAUCCUUCAGCACCGCAAUUUAUGGGAAGACGAUCCAGAUACCUGCAUGCUGGAGUAAAAGGUCUUCUGUCCUGACCACAGAGUGUAUUUUGGAGCUUCCUCACUUCACUUUGCAGGCCACAAGAGCACAGACACAUCUUCUCCAAGCAAUAUGGCAGAGUUGGACGCAUGGAAUGUUGAAUGGGACCCCCUCGCCACUCAGUGAAAGCCUUAUUAAUGAGGUUUACAAAGCUCCAGGUGUGAAAUCUCUAGGCUCGUCACCGACUCUUGAGGGUUCGCUCCAAAAUCUUGAGCUGAAGUUCUGCAGCCGCGCAACAGUGAAAUGCGCCUCUGGAACUGUGGGAGCUGUAAAAGUGUGUGCCAGGACCCCAGGCUCAGGGGAAGUUGUCAAGGAGAAGCUGGUUCCUCUCAUCCAGGGACCAUCCGAUACUAAGGAACUGCAUUUAAGGAAAUGGCUAAAUGAGAGUCGAAAACCUGAAUCACUUUUGGCUCCCGACCUGCUGGCAUUUUCUGUGCAGGUGCCACAGCAAGAAGAUGACUGCAGGAAUUCAGGUGCAGUUCUGUUGGCCAGUGUACAGGGUAUAUCUAUCAACGUGGACCCAAUCUUCUGCACGUGGCUUCUGCAUCAGCCUCAUAGAGGGGGCAACAGACAACCACAACAGAAUCCAGGUCCGGUGCCUUUGGCAAAACGAAGAGAGGAUGAGGUAUCGGUGGGCAGCACACCAUUAGUCCGGCAGCCCUCCAAUCAAGCGUCUGACUAUGCAAGCAGUCCUAUCAAAACCAAAACUUUCACUGAAUCCCGUCCGCUUUCCAUUCCUAUGAAGGUGAUGCCUGACACGACAGCGCCUGAGUCUUUGGCGACAUCGGAAGAACGAAUGAAGGAGCUCAUUGCUCAUGCAUGGGAUUCUGUUAAACGCCUAACGCUACAGUUGGAGCUGCAAUCAUGCUGUGUGUUCCUGCCCAGCGACAGCCUUCCGUCCCCAAGCACCAUCAUUUUUGGUGACAUUCCUGGUACAGUUCGUAGCUGGUACCACAACCAAGCAUCUAUGCCCGGAACACUUGUUGUUUGCCUGCCUCAGAUCAGUGUUCUCAGUGCUGGACACAAGUACAUGGAACCGGUGCAGGAGCUUCCAUUUGUGGUCUCCAAACCGAUCCUAGAAGAAGGUGAUGCAUUCCCAUGGACAAUUAGCUUAAGUCAGUUCAGCGUGUACACUUUGCUGGGCCAGCAGCGCAGCUUGAGCCUCCUCAAACCAAUGGGGUGUACCUCCACGCUGGCUGUCACAUCACACAAGCCGGCAAAUUGUUCAGAAGGAAGGCACUCUUUUGUCGUUUGCCUCCAUGUUGAUCUGCAGCCCGUUGGGGUCAAGUGCUCCAACCCUCAGGUGCAGCUGUUGUGCAAGCUCUAUCUCAGCUGGACGUCUACAUGGGCUCGUCUCCAGAAGCAUGGCAUCUUUCGUCAGUCGGCCAGUAUACCCGAGCCCAGUGCUGGUGCUGCUCCAUCCUCUUCAGUACACAGCAGUGCUGGUACAGCUCUGCCUGACACAAGCACCUAUAGCCCUUCUGCAGAUGUUGGAUCUCCUACUGAGGGUGAUUCAGUACCAGGAGGUGAUGAUGGCCCAUUUGCUGACACAGUGACCCUGGAACAGAAAACUAGCAACAUCGGUGGAACUAGUGGAAAAGUCAGCCUCUGGAUGCAGUGGAUGUUACCCAAGGUUCUUGUUGAACUGUUUGCUCCGGACCCAAAAAUCAAGACAGAAGUCUGUGUGGUCAGUGAACUAGAAGACCUGAGUGCCUCAGUAGAUAUCCAGGAUGUAUACACGAAGAUCAAAUGUAAAGUUGGCAGUUUCAACAUUGACCACUACAGAUGCAGUACGGAGGAGGGUUUUCGUCACAGCUGUGGAGGAGUGGUCCUUUCUUGCACUGACAAGCUGAACAGGCGCACUGUGCUGGUUCGACCGGUCAGCAAGCAAGAGUCUUUCUGCCAAUUUUCUGGCUUUUUCCCUCCUACGGCAGCCAAGGUCCUGGAAGGCUCUCACCAGCAACAUGGAUUCUUGUCUAUUACCUACACGCAGGCUGUCACUAAAAAUGUUCGGCAUAAACUCACCACUAGGCCAGAGCGGCCAACGCGCAGCGCUGAUCCGCUAGCAGAUGGUUCACCACAGUACCUGCGAGAAAUCCUUCUGACAGCUCAGCCCUUUGACGUUGUGCUGUCAUGUCCUUUAUUAACUACUGUUGUUGGAAUAUUUCAGACGACAGUACCAAGACGCUACAAAGACCGUGGAAAGUCAGCAGGCCAGCCAAUGCGGAACCACACGUUGACAUCGCGAUGUUUGCCUCUUAUCUACAUCAACACCAAUCUGAUCAGGGUUUUCUGCCCUCGAGCACCUGACAAAACUGCCACACCAGAUCGCCACGUGAAUAAGGAAGACACAUUGGUGCUUAAGUUGGGGUCCCUUAGCAUGGCUCCUCAGGCAGAUAACCCCCUAGCUCGCACAGUGCUUCGCAAGGACCUUUACCAACGUGCAUUAAACCUCGGUAUCCUGCGUGACCCGGGCUCGGAGGUUGAGGACCGUCAGUACCAAGUCGACCUUCAGUCCAUCAAUAUUGGCACAGCUCAAUGGGAGCAACUCAAGCCAGAGAAGGAAGGAAUGAAAGGAGGGGUAUCUGCAGACGGUGAGAGGAACUCCCAGAACCCAGCCCUGGAGUGGAACAUGGCCAGCAGUAUCAGGAGGCACCAGGAGCGUCGGGCCAUUCUGACCCCCAUUGUGACUGACUUCUCUGUCCGAGUGACCGCUGCUCCCGCCAUCAUCUUCAGCAAGAAUCUCUCCCUUGAUACUGGCCAAGCAGAGGACUUAGUGGUGUGUGGCCAUUCCCUUGAAGUUAAUGUGACCAGCAGUCUGGAUUUUUACCUAAGUGUUGCUCAGGUGCACCUCCUUCAACAGCUUGUCAGAGACAACUUGGGCGGCAUGGAAACUCCUCUGCAAGGCACGGAGAUGCUUAAACAUGAGCAGAAGCAGAGCAGACGAGGCUCCUUUCCAGGCAUCGACGCUUCAUCUCGUCACAGCGGAAACGGGCAGGACAGUGGCUUCGGCAGCGAUAGUGCUCGCAUCCGAAUUGUCCAGAUAGAGCAGCAGAGUGGGACCAGUCACCACUGCAUAGCCAGGCCCUCGCAUAAAUCUACCAUUAUCAAAAACCUCAACUUCAUCCCCUUUGACAUUUUUCUUACUGCUAGUAGACUGUCUGUCAUGGCCUAUGAAGGCUCCAUUUCCCCACAGGCUCCCACUUCAUUAGACAGCACACAGGAUCGGAAAGAGCCCGUGGAAAAGGUAGGAAAGAGUGCUCUGAACCAGCCUGAAAUCCUGUCCGAGUCUGCUCCAGCAUCUGUCUCAGCAUCUCCAGAGCCUACUGCCCACAUUACGCUGACAGAACUGACUGCCGAGGACAUCCUCAACAGCAAUGUCUCUCAGCCUGUCUCCCCGAUGCUGAGAGGCAGUUGGCUCUCCCUGAACUCCCAGUCAACCCCCAGCCGCUCCUCAGCACGCCAGGCGCUGGGGGUGACAAUUGUUAGGCAGCCUGGAAGAAGAGGGGCUGCUGACCAAGUGCUGGAACCGUUGCUCUACCUGCAGUUGAUCCAACCUUCUGCUCUUCUCAGUUGCCACCACCGCAAGCAGAAAAUGGAGUUCUCUGUGUUUGAUGUGGCAUUAAGAGGAGUGGCUUCAGACUACAAGUGCCUAGACCAAGGGAAGAUUUUGCCUGAGUCUCUGGAUUAUAAUGUGUGCUGGCUCCAGACAGCAGCAGGUGACGUAGACAGUGAGACAGGCAUCCCUCCACCUCUGCUAUGCCUUCAGAUUAAAGACUUCCUUAAUGGACCUGCUGAACUGAAUUUACAGUUCUCUCGCCCCUUGAAAAUCACCCCAACACUGGUCAAACUGGAGCAGACCAAAGCCUACCUGAAGAAAAUCUUGCCAAACCACACGCGGAACACCGCCACCCCGCAUUCAUCCCCUGUAAAAUUGCCAAGCAGGGCCUUUUCCCCACCCCAUCAAAGUCAAGGCCUGAGUAAAGCCAGCAGCAUUGAUGCCUUGGCUUUGUCCUUCCACAAGGUCUCUGUCCAAACUACACAGAUUGUGGUUGUCCUGGAGACGGAAGCCCAUCCAAUGAAGCCCAGCGUGACUGUGUCUGUGUCAUCUCUGAUGGGAAAUCUCAACUUGAAGUUAGGCCCAAGUAUUGAGGAUGCUGUACAAUCUGCUUCUGUGCAGCUGGAGCUACAAGAUGUGCUGAUGAGAACAGGGCUGAAGGACAGAAGCCAUCUCCUACUGGGGCCCUUUUCAUGCAGCAGCUCUCUGGAGGCUAGGUGGUGUCGGCACAGUGGUAGUCCUGGACCUGAGCCUGGUCCCCCUAAGCUGCUUCUGGACCUGAAAGGAGGCCUGCUCCAGGUUUUCUGGGGACAAGAACAUCUAAAUUGCUUGAAGUUGGUGGUGGAGCAUCUACAAACUUAUCAUGCCACACAGAAGGGGGACUGUGUAGAAAACUGGUCUCAAGCAAAGACCUUCCAGGCCCAGCCACCACCCUCUCCAGCUUCUCCUUGUUCUCGCUCUGAACACAGCUCUGAUGACCUGCGAACAGGUCACUUUCAGUACAUCCAGGACUCAGCUGCCCAAAAAUGGCCAGGUCCACAUGAGGUUGUGUUCCACAGUGAGACAGAGGAUAGCCCAGGACUAAUGCUGUGGCGGUAUCCUGAACCUCGUGUCCUUACCUUCAUCAGGAUAACUCCAGUUCCUUUCAAUACCACAGAGGACCCAGAAAUCAGUACAGCUGACCUAGGAGAUGCCUUACAGGUGCCAUGCAGCUUAGAGUACUGGGAUGAGCUCCAGCAGGCCUUUGUUCUGUAUCGGGAUUUCAGCCUGUCGGAGAGCCGUGCCUGCCAGCUACAACUUCCUAGCCUCAGCUUCACUGAUCAGCAGAAGGAGCUAGUGGCCUCAGAUGUUUGGAGGAUUGUCCUAAAUAAUAACAGUGAAGCAGGAGAUGAGCAAAGUUCAGAUAGUGAGUCUGGCUCACAACUACACUGCGAUCAGUUGGUAUCACCCAUGGCCCUUGCAGCGUGCACCCGUGUGGACUCCUGCUUUGCACCUUGGUUUGUCCCCUCAUUGGGUGUGUCCCUGCAGCUAGCACACAUGCAAGUUCACUUCUGCAACCAUCUAGAACAACUGGGAAAAGCUCCUUCUCAGAAGCUUCGACCCUUCCUAUCAGAUAGGAAGUUACCUAAGAAACAAGAGUUCAUGGUUAUUGGUACGUGGGAACCACAGGUCAUCUUGCGUCAGUGGACGAGUGGACCAAGGCGUUGUCAGGAAUUCAACUUUUCUACCCAGCUAGACUGCAAGCUGCUGGAGUAUCGAAACCUAACACACCUCCAGGUGCUUCAGCCCUGUCUAAUACAGGGCCAGGCCACAGCCACAUGUUGUCCCUCAAGCAUCGUGUGGGAUGCAAACAUCUUUAUGGAACCUAUGUUUGCCACAGUCAGUCAGUAUGCCAUCCAUACGUUGGACACUGUCCUACAAAGCUGGAAACAGAAUGGAAACCCAGAGGCUGAGGAACUAGUUUACAGCCACUAUGUCAUCUGCAACGAUACCCAUGAGACUCUGCGCUUUGGCCAGGUUGACACAGACGAGAACGUGCUGCUGGCAAGCCUCCACAGCCACCAGUACAGCUGGAGAUCCCACAAAUCUCCCCAGCUGCUCCACAUCUGCAUCGAAGGUUGGGGCAACUGGCGCUGGUCAGAGGCUUUUAGUGUGGACAAUGUGGGGACCCUGCUCAGGACCAUUGAGUACAAAGGCCGCACAGCUUCACUCAUCAUCAAGGUGGUGCAGCUUAACGGUGUUCAGAAACAGGUGAUCAUUUGUGGGCGCCAGGUCAUGUGCAGCUAUCUGACUGAAGACAUUGAGCUUCGGUUGGUGCAGCACUAUGUUGGCCCCGAUGCUCAGACAGUGGUCAGAGAACACUGUGACUGCCUGGUGGCCGGGACCAAGUUGCCUUCUUAUAUUCUGGAAGAUGCCGAGCUGACAGAGUUGUGUGUGAGGGCCAGAGGAGAUGACGAGUGGUCCAAGGAUGUGCAGCUGGAGAAGAAGGACAAGAGCACCAGCAGCUCGGUUGUACAGGUGCCAUGUUCUGCUGGUUCUUUGCUCUUUGUGUGGUGUAAUCUCAUUACUAUUGAGCCUGAGUCCCAAAUGCAGCAAAGAGUGGUUGUUUUUAGUCCACUGUUUGUCAUGAGGAGCCAUUUGCCAGACCCAAUAAUCAUCUGCAUUGAGAAGAGAAGCCUGGGACUGAGAGAGAGCCAGCUGGUUCCAGGACAGGGCCAUGAGGAGCCCCUAUUCAACACUGAAGCAGACCUCACACAUCACCUCACUUUUCAGGCCAGCGAAGAUAAGGACGCGUCCCACUGUGCUGUGCCCAUCUCCACAAGCGUAAUCAAACAGAUAAUGGACAAGAAUGGCGUUGAGGAUCCCUCGGAACACAUUCUGGCUGAUUUCUAUGGUCAAAAGAUCUCAACUGGGCCACAAUGGCCGUACAUCUCCAAAGACAAUACCGGGUCAGUGCCAGAGCACCUUGCCCAGUGGGACAGUCCCAUGCAAGUAAAGUUAUCCUGCUGGAAAUUGGGCCUCAGCACCCUGCUUGUGGAGUUGCUGCCCUGGGCCCUGUUAGCUAAUCACUCCCAGUGGGAUCUGUGGCUUUUUGAGGGUGAGACCAUCGUGCUGCAGAUACCAGCUGGCAAGGUCAUAGUACCUCCUAACUUCAAGGAAGCUUUCCAAAUUGGCAUCUAUUGGGCUCAAACAAACACGGUCCACAAGUCUACAGCAAUGAAACUUGUUCAUGAUCUAACCUCACCUCGAUGGAAGGAGGGCAAAGAUUCAGAGUUGGUGACCUUGGAUGAGGAAGGUUAUGUAGAGGCAAACAUCACCCUUGGAGCCUUACCUGGUAGACAGAAGCUUUGCCAGUUCUGUGUAUCAUCUACGAUAAAACAUGGCAUCCAGAUUCUCCAAAUAGAGGACAGAACAAUCCUUGUCAACAGCACUCCUUACACGAUAUACUACAGACCACUGCUGACUGAUCACAGGCUGGGAAUUGAUAACCAGGCUUGUGAAGUACCGGAGACUACGGCAUUCACUCUGGCUCCGUCUCAGACCAAACCCUUCUCUUUGCCAUGCUGGGAUCUUCUUCAAACCAGCGACCAUGGAAAAGUGGAAUUCCCCUUGCCAGUGAAAUGCAUACUUUUCAGCUCAUUAUCAAGGCCCGAUGCCAAACAUGGGUCCACGGCAUGGAGCCUCCCCGCACUCAUCCGACCAGACUUCCUCAGGCAAUGUGUGGCGGUUCCUGGUGAAACAAACUCCAGGGGUGGCCUCUGCAGCAGACCCAUAGUCUUGGCGUACCAGGAACACCUCGGCGUGACGUACAUUACUCUAAAUGAGGAUCCUUGCCCUCCCAUGCUGGUGCACAACAAAUGUCCUGUCCAAAUAUUGCUUAAGGAGAAUGUCAAGGAUACUCCCAGGACCGAGGUGUUUUGUUGUCCUGUUCCUGCAAAUAGCUCUGUGCACUAUGAGCUCUACCAUCACUUUUCUACUUUCCCUGACUGCAGACAGAAAGAACCACUGCCCACUUUGUUGCUAAAAACCACUGCAGAUGUGGGCAGCAAAGACUGGACUGACCCUAUUGAUAUCAACAGUCCUGGUACUCAGGUGGUCUUCCUGCCAGGUUUUGGUUGUCUCUACAUUGAUGUGGGCUACGAUAGAGGAACCUUGGUUCUGACUCUAUCACCAGAGGGCGAUGUAGAUUCUGUAAUCGACCAACACAGAAGCUCAACUAAGCUGUCCUUAACUGUCCUUCUGAGUGAAGCAAGCGUGGUGUUGAGUGAUGACAUCACUAGCCCCUCAGGUUCAGUAGAGCUGUUAAGACUCACACUCACCAACCUUUUCCUAAGACUGGCCCCAGCAACCACCACCCUGUCUCGUGAAGUGACCCUCGAGUCCAGAGCAGCUCCAGCGUCCAUUUUUCCGCUGAUGCCCGACUCCACUCUGAUCGAGGUUUACUGCUUGUGCCUGCAAGUGGACAACCAGCUGUACAACCGUGCAAGUUUCCACUUCCCCGUGCUGCUAUGCCAAGAGCAAAAGGGGGGAGCCGAGCUCGGAAAUCAGUGGCGUAACCACGACAUUCCCACGGAGACUUCGGAACUCCUGGAGGAGUUUAAAAAGUCCUGUUUCCUCCAGCUGAGGCUGAUCCUGGCUGCGGACAGAUGCACUCUAGAGGAGGUGAACUUCCAAGUCCAGCCUGCUCGAGUAUACCUUGAAGACACAUUUGUUUACUAUGUCAAAACCCUGUUCCACACCUUCAUUCCUGAAGCUGCCAUUUCCUCAGUCAAGCCUCAGAAGCCUAAUGUAGUGUCGGGAUUGGACCCCGCUGUCCCUGAGCAGGUACUUCAGUCAAUACAGGCUCUCGUACAUCCCGUGCGUCUCCAAAGGCUUACUAUUCAGCCAAUCAACCUGCUUGUCAGCAUCCAUGCGUCCCUCAAGCUCUACAUUGCUUCCGACCACACUCCCCUCGCCUUCUCCUUGUUUGAGAGAGGACCGCUCUGCACGACAGCCAGACAGCUCGUCCACGCUCUGGCCAUGCAUUAUGCUGCCGGGGCCCUCUUCAGAGCUGGCUGGGUCGUUGGGUCUUUAGAGAUUCUGGGCAGUCCUGCUAGCCUGGUGCGCAGCAUCGGUAACGGCGUGUCCGAUUUCUUCCGCUUGCCGUAUGAGGGUCUGACUCGUGGACCUGGUGCCUUUGUCAGUGGCGUCUCUCGGGGGACAACUUCCUUCGUAAAGCACAUCUCAAAAGGGACCCUGACAUCCAUUACCAACUUAGCGACCAGCCUAGCCCGAAAUAUGGACCGUCUCUCUCUGGAUGAGGAGCACUACACCAGGCAAGAGGAGUGGAGACGGCAGCUUCCAGAGAGUCUGGGGGAAGGACUCAGGCAGGGACUCUCGCGACUUGGUAUUAGUUUGUUAGGAGCAAUAGCCGGCAUCGUGGACCAGCCCAUGCAGAAUUUCCAAAAGAACUGGGAGACGCAAAGCACAGCUGGUAGCAAAGCCAAAGGCGUCAUCUCUGGCAUGGGGAAAGGAAUUGUGGGAGUUUUCACGAAACCCAUUGGAGGAGCAGCUGAACUCGUCUCCCAAACUGGAUAUGGUAUCCUCCAUGGAGCAGGACUGUGGCAGCUUCCGAAACAACUUUACCUGCCAACGGAGGAGAAAUCUGCCGAAGCCCCCAACAGUCACCUUAAAUAUGUUUGGAAAAUGCUGCAGUCAUUAGGGCGACCGGAGCUGCACAUGGCACUGGAAGUUACUAUUGUCAGCGGGUCCGGACAGGAGCACGCUGGGUGUCUGCUACUUACCUCGGAGGUUCUCUUUGUGGUCAGCCUCAGCGAGGACACACAGCAGCAGGCCUUCCCCAUCACAGAGGUGGAGUGUCAUCAAGAAGCCGGACAGCAAGGGCAGCUCACUCUCACAUUGCAGCAGCAGACAGUAGCCAGUGAGACAGAGGGCGAAGGUGUGCGAGAGCGUCUUUCAGAGCUGCAGUAUCAGCGUCUGGUAGAAUACAUCAAGCGAGCCUCCCACUAUUUUCCUCCCUCCGCUUCGUCACUACAGCUGCAGCCUCCGGUGACGCUCGCUGAGCCGCCGACCUCCGUCGCCAAGUCUUACCGCUACCUGGUCGAACCUGCUUUUGCCAAGGUUUUCGUCAGCAAGUUCACCAUGGUAAAGGAUAAAGCCUUACAGAUUGGAUUCCAUUAA